GUCAAAUUGAUAAGGAUCUCCACUGUUAUCAUGGCAACGCUUGGCAACAAGACUAAGAUCUUGAGCAUUUCCGGUUUGUGGAGGAGACGCAUCAAAGCGCAGGAAAAUGUCGGAUUUAGCGAAAGAGAAAGCAGCUCGUCUGCUGAAGAAGCGGGCAAGUGUGUCAUCUCUGGGCAGUCAUGAUGUCAGGGCUAAAGAGACCAUUGGCAAAACCAAGGACUCAAUCAGCACUGUGUCUUAUAUUGAUGAGCCUGGUCACCAUGACGAUAUUCCACGACCUACAGUGCUCAUGGAGAACUCCUACCAGCUCACACCAGCACGAUGUUUCCCGGUGGUUACAGUGAAGAGUAUUCUGAAGGAUGUGUUGAUCAGCUACCUGCAGGAGGAGAAAUAUGAAGCUGAACUGUGCCGUCAAAUGACCAAAACAAUCUCUGAGGUUGUCAAGGCCAGAGUGAAAGACCUGAUGAUUCCUCGUUAUAAGAUCAUAGUGGUCAUCAGCAUUGGUCAGAUCAGAGACCAGAACAUGCGCAUGGGCAGUCGAUGUCUGUGGGAUGCGGCACACGACACUUUCUCUUCACAUACUUUCAAAAACAGCUCGCUCUUUGCUGUUGCUAAUGUCUACGCUGUCUAUUUUGAAUGAUUCAGAGAAAAUAUCUGCGCUGGGUGUUAGAUCAGUGUCGAGUGAUUUUAGUCAACCAUUGACGUCUGCCUGGGUGCAAUCACGUCAUUCUGAAAUCAGUUCAGUGGUCUUUAAAAUUCAUUUUGAGGUGUAGAAAUAGAUGAAGAGAACUUGUGAGGCUGCCAGACUAUUGCAUUUCCUCAGUAUUUCUCAUAAAGAUGAGCUCACAUGCAACUGCUGUAAAUCAAACAACAUAAUGUUUUAAUGUUUGAGAAACAGACUGAAGACUGACUGUUUUUCUAUGCAUGUAUGCACCAACAAGAUGGCUAAUACUGAAUGAUAAUGGAUUAUCAUUUUAACAUGAUAUUAAAUAUAAUUGAUUUUACCAACACGAUAUUAUACCUCACUGUUGUAUCAUACAUGGUCAAAUCAUGGUCAGUUAUAAUGAGUUAUUUUGUCCUAUUAUUGCACUUUGUCACAUUGUAUUAUGAUAUAAAGGUGUUGCAAAUGACGCUCGAUAGAAGUGCAAUUAUCUAAAUUUAUGUAUUAGUACCUUUUGGAAACUUAAUUUUUACUUCCUGUAAACGUGAAAAUGUCUGACUCUUUAUGAUAAAAUGAAAGCAGA